UCAUUUGGGAAUCGGAGAGUGAUUCAAAUUCGGAGGAAGAUGGAGAUGAGCAGGAGACGGAUCCUUCUCAAGAAAAAUUCACAGAAAUUGAGCAAGCGUCUCAAGCCCUCUUGGCCGAGUUGUCCAGCAUGGAAGCUGAAUUUGAGAUUGAGAAGAGAUGUCGCGCCCAGGCCGAGGCCUUCGCCAUUCAG